UUGGUCAAACCUCAAGCUCAUCCAAUCAUAUGAAAUAGCCACCCACGUCACUCUCUCAGACAACUGCCUUGCGGCCAUUUCUUACGGUGGUUGAUCACAUCCAAUUUCACAGGCGUCUAUGCUCCUGAAAUCUCAGGGUUUCACCUUCAUCACCGCCCAGAUCUUUCCAAUUCUUUUACAACGUGGAUGAAACCAAAUUCCUUCGCCCAGGUAGUCAAGCGGAGCAUCUAACCACAGUUUUGCGACUCACCGCUGGGAUGCUCUACAGAACAUACAUGGGAUGAACGACGGUUCUCUCGAGCGAGCUCCAGUGGUUGGGGCAACACGACGAAAUACGGCGCAGUAGUAAUCAACCAGGCGAAAGCCUCCAUUGCACACAUCCUGAAUGUGGGCUCGCCAUAAGCGGAACGUCGGCAGGGGCGUAGUGUCAUUAACUGAUCGUGACGACACCAGCGGCGCCGGCUCCGCGGGGAGCCAGAUCUUCCGCACCAACGACGGCACCACUGUAGACCGACGCCUGUAUCCUUGCUCGUCCGAUCUGCACGGAAUCGUUACAGCAACCGCUUAUUCAUCAACACCAACUCCUCUGCCACGACUCUAUGAGCGCUCGGCACAUACUGCCAUAUUUGGCGUGGGGCAAUAUGCUGCCACACGGACGAAUUACGUGGUAAAAUAAGAAGUGGAGGGAGGGGUGGAAAUGGAAGGGCCGGAUUUAGAGACGGGUUUUGGCAGAUGUGACACACACUCCGUGGGACGGGGUAUCAUGAAAGUGAGUAACGUAAUCCACGGGUGAGCGGGUCACACGGGUGAACGGGUCACCUUCCAGUGACUCGUACGACAAUGUGUAAGACAAUUCAACCACAACGCCUUAAAUUAAUUGAAACUAUUCAGAAUCCUCUUCUUCAG